AUAGAUGUGAAAAAAACAGCCUCUACAUUAAACUGUUUGUUGCUAGCGUUCUAUUGGAUAAAUUAGAUAGAGUAGGUUGGUCAUAGUAUUGCCCAGUAACCCUGCUCUUGUACAUGCCUGUACCACUCUCAUUCUUUUCCAGUCAUAUUGGAGUGAUCACCACUGGCUCCAAAUAUCUCUGAAUGAUCAGGGUUUAAUUAUUUUUACACCACAGUUAAAUGAAGUUUAUGCAUUGGCAUGAAAUUACAGGCUAUAUGUGAUCAAAUAUUGUAUUUGUAUUUUAAAUGUUUCAGUCUGUCAUUGUUUCCAUAUGAUUUCUGUAGUCACUGCAGAACCAAGAACAGCUCUGCAACACUACAGGGCCAAUGUGAAAGCUUUUGCAAUUGCAAGGGCCUCUGAAUAAAGACAUUUCAAUCUGGGGUUUGAACCAAGAGGUACCUGUCCUCUUGAAGGACACUUCAGUCACACUGCCGCUCCACGUUUUGCUUUCUAAUCGUUGGCUGCAUGUUUAGCCAGGUAAUUACCUGUUAAGCCGCUGCAAUUGAAGGAGGUCAGGAUACAGAACAGACAGGAUAGCGUGCAGCCAUUCACAACACAAGUGGAGCACUACUCAAGGAGGACGAGAAGGGCUGUGCUGCUCGUUUUGCUGUUUUCUACUCUAAACAUUUAGCAGAGGGAAUUAAGCAUGUCCAAAGCAGAAGAGCGGACAGCCUCUACAAGUUCAGUCAACUCAGCUGCAUCAGAAAGUAGCAGAGAUGGUUCCACAUCAGGUUCAGUCUCUGAAACACCCAAGAAAUCAUUAAAGAAGUCCAAGAAAUCCACUGAGAACAUGAACAAAGUCUACAACUCUGUGCUCAACAGUGUUUUUGGGGCGGAGCGAGAAUUAGCUCAGGCUGAGUUGGAUGAGUUGCAAGAGGCCUUCAAAGAGUUUGACUAUGAUCAAGAUGGAUACCUGAACUACAAGGAUGUGGCUGAAUGCAUGAGGACCAUGGGAUACAUGCCCACAGAAAUGGAGCUGCUAGAGAUAGUACAACAGAUCAAGAUGAGAAUGGGCGGGUUAAUGGAUUUUGAGGACUUUACUGAACUGAUGGGACCCAGGAUGAUGGGGGAGACUGCUCACAUGCUCGGACUCAAAGAGCUCCAGUCAGCCUUUGUGCAAUUUGACCUCGACGGAGACGGAAAGAUCAACCAGGACGAGAUGAAGGAGGCAAUCAAGACGAUGCUGGGGGAGAAGCUGAAGAAAGGAGAACUGGAGGAGAUCUUAAAGGAGCUGGACAUCAACUCAGAUGGAAGCAUUGACUUUGAAGAGUUUGUGAUGAUGCUCUCCAUUCGCUAGUUGCUGAGAAGACUGACUACAAGGACAAGCUACACUAACACUUCUGAAUCAUUCCAUAGAUAGUUAAUACAACUAUGAAUGUAAUGUAGGUAUAGACAUCUACAACAUAAUGUGUGCCUAACUGUAAUAACUGCAUGACUUGCUAAGAUAUUCUGAUCGAUACAUGAAUCUUUUGCAGUGAUGUUACAUGUAAAUAAGACUGAGAUGUUUUGCUAUUUUUAAUAAAGAAAUUAAAAUGAGUUUUUAAAAUGUGUCUUUCGAUUAAACACCAUGACAAUAUUAUUAUAAUAUACAAUAUAAAAAGUAAUUAAUUGACUGAUCACAUUCCUCUCAAACAGACUUUAUUCCAAAAACAAGUCUUUUAUUACCCCCAGGUCAUUGUCAAACAACAAAAUGGAUGUAAUUAUCAUCUUCUAGCGAAUAUAAGUUAAAUAUAAAUUAAAGUCAUGUCACUUGUCAAUUGUUAACAACAAUGCAGCUUUGAGCUUUGUCACAUCUACUGUCUUCAGAACUGGAGAAGCACUUGUACAUCCAAAACCAUGAUGGUGCACGUGUGUCAGGAAAAAAAAGUCACAUUUUCAGAAUAAAAUCCCACAUCAGGCCAACAUUUGAUGGUGGCACUAGAACCAAUCAUAAAGAGAACUUAUGUCCUAUUUGAAGAUCUAAAAGUUUAACACUACUGGUAACUUAAUCUGCUUAUUAUUAUAACAUCAAACUAUAUGUGCACAGUUAUGAAAGAUCUGCAAGAUGCACCACAUGUGAUCUGCUGAAAUUAAAGUCUUGUUAUCAGACAAGAAACAGAAUAAAGGAGAGAUAUCCAACUUGGUGUUUCACAGGAGGAGACGAGAUGUACGAGACAAUGCCAUCACAGGAGUCAGGAACGGGGCUUCAGGGAAUACUAAUUCAGAUGUCUAAGGACUGUUUGCAAGCAUGGGCUCUCUACUGUACAUGUAGCGCCAGUACCACCACAAAAAAAAUGUUGGGAUAAAUUAAAAAUAAACAUAUCUCACAUCAAGUAUAUCACUCCUCACGAAACCUUAUGAACUUGUGUUUCCAUGUCUUGCUUGCUCAAUAAGUACAGUAGACUAUGUUAGGGUGUAUAUGCUAAAAAGGGGUGACUGUCCACAGUGAGUCAAUGACUCGUCUAUUUCCUCUCCUCUUACAGGAAUGUUUGCACUAACUUUUGGAAACCUUUUAACAACCUGAAAUACCAUCCAAAAAGCAGAUUUUGUAAACAAAUGCAUAUAAGUCUUCUGGCAUGUAAGAAGAGCUAAUGUGAACAUUUUGUGCACUUUGUAUGGUACUCACAUUGGCAGGGUUGAGGGUAUUCAGGCAUCCCCAGGAUGACACACACUAAAACUGGAUGCACUCAGGUUACUGUAGUGUAAGAUGCUGCUGGAUUAAAGCCCAUACUGAAUGGUAUAAGGAUGCAUGUUGUGUCACUUCCACAGCUUAGUGAGGCUAUCAUGAAUAGAUUCAGCAGCUUGUUACUGUGUGCUGAAGGUACGUUUUGAGUAUUUGUGGCAAGUUUGGACCAACAUCAUGCAAGGGUGUAUUGUCCAAUGGUCACACUGCAGUCACUCAAAAUCACAUCACAACAUCCUUCGAUGUACAGCCCAAAACACAACAAGCAAGUGGCUACAACACCUAUGCCUCUUGUCUCUCUGUUAAUGCCAGUCUCUACGUGCUAUUAAACCUCUCUUCUUCUUGUAACUUCUUCAUUUUUCAAUCCUUUCUUCUGUCAGUCCCCCUACAUGGUAGAUAGAUACAGAUGGAUAAGCUUCUUCUUCUAUUUUGGCUAUCCACAACUCACAGUGUCUUCAUGGUGCGACAGGACAACUGCUAGGCUAGUAAGACUUGUUGGCGAUCUGCUGUUGUCUACAGCUCGUUGGUCAGCUCGUCAGCAAAUUCAGCCAUGAUGUCAUGCACCCAGAUGUCCCUUUCUUCCUGUGAAGUGUCAACCAGGAAGACCGUCAACUUCCUGUCCCACGGGUUAGUGGCUUCCUGUAUGGCCUCCAACUGUGCCACGAGUGGUUUCUUCUCCACAUGGUUCCUGAAAACGAUCGAAGCCUCCUCCGACCACUGCCUCGGCUU